UCGCUUCCCCAUCGGGGAUUUAUUCGACAAUCAUGAGGACAGGAGUGUGGUAUCUUCAGGAGAUCAUCCUGCAGUUACGUUCAGCUCCUGCGUACCUACUCCUUCUCGAAGCGGUACUGCUGGUCUGGCUGAUCAAAGUCCUGUUCUUCACAAAGAGCUACAAACCCCACCGGACGAAACUCACGCAAAAGGAGAAGGAGGACCUGGUAGAGGAAUGGACCCCGGAGCCACUAGUGCCGGAUACUCCGGCCGAUCACCCGGGCCUGCAUCCCCGAUCGUUCGAGGGGAAACUCGGAAAGAUUAUUCGAAUCAAUGGUCAGGAUUGUAUCAACCUGGCGUCUCUUAACUUUCUCGACAUGAAUGGAAACGAAGAAAUAGAGGCGGGUGCCAUCAAGACCCUGAAGAAAUACGGUGUUGGCGCGUGUGGACCCAGGGGUUUCUAUGGAACGAUCGACAUCCACCUGGAGCUUGAGGACAAGCUGUCGGCGUUCCUGGGACUGGAGGAGGUCGCGCAGUACUCCUACGGCUUCUCCGUGCUGUCCACUGCCAUCCCCGCGUACGCAAAGUCCGGCGACGUAAUCUUCUGCGACGAGGGAGCGUGCUUCGCGAUCCAGCAGGGCCUGAGAGCGUCGCGCUCCAAGGUGUGGUUCUUCAAGCACAACGACGCCGACGACCUCGAACGCAUGAUGAAGCUUCAGGACGACAUUGACCAGAAGAACCCGCAGAAGGCAUUGACGUUGAGACGGUUUCUAGUCGUAGAGGGCCUGUACAUGAACUAUGGGGACAUCUGCCCGCUGCCAAAACUCAUCGAAUUGAAAAAGAGGUACAAGGUCAGAAUGUUUCUGGAUGAGAGUUUGUCUUUCGGCGUGCUGGGUGCCAAUGGGAAAGGAGUCACAGAAUACUUCGGCGUACCUAUAACGGACGUCGAUUGGAUCGGGGCUUCGUUAGAGAACUGUAUGGCAACAACCGGCGGAUUCUGUGGCGGCAGAGCCUUCGUCAUGAACCAUCAGAGGCUGGGAGGUCUUGGAUACGCGUUCUCGGCAGCACUGCCCUCGAUGCUGGCUUCAUCGACGAUCACCUCGCUCGAGCAGAUGCAGCGAAGCCCCGACAUGUUCGUCACGCUCGCACGCAACGCCACCUACAUGCAGCAGAAGCUGGAGAGCAUACCGGGGAUGACGUUGAAGGGAUUGCCAAUUUCUCCCAUAAAGCACCUCAGUCUAGAAGGUUCCAUGGAAACCAGGAAGCAGGAGGUCUGUCUGUUAGAGGAAGUUGUACAAGAGGCUGAGAGUCGUGGUGUUGCUAUUGUCCUCGCACGUUACCUCGAUGACAUGGAAUACAUAUUGCCAAAACCAAGUAUUAGGGUCGCGGUGAGCAGUGGCUUCAGUGUGGAGGAGCUGAGUCGUGCUGCGGACGUCGUCGCCACGGCCUGCGCCACGGUCCUCGCGCGACACCGCGGUGUCGAAGCGAACUGACGUGCAUGAUUCAUCAUCAUCGUCAGCUCACUCAGAAACGCCAUUGUCGACGUUACGCCAGCGUAGGCGGCCACUGCUCCUGACAGAAUAGGUUGUUUUAGCGCAGACGUUACACGUUCGAAGUGGGGAAAGCUGGACUGUGUGUCAAUGCUCUGCCACCAUCUUGCCCACACCGCGUUAUUGCCCUUUCAUGUAGUCAUGGUGAAGUAAGUGUACUUCAUCAUCGUGAAUCUUGGAGUAAUGUCAUCGGGUUUCGUUGUUAAUAUUAGAUGAUUUUACUUCGGGAGGACGGCCGCGUUGGUUAAAAUUUGCGACUCGUCUCGAAAUUAAAUCGUCGAGUAGUUUCAUUACUGUGGGUUUAAAAAAAAAAAGAAUUGGUUGUUUUAAAAGGUGGACGUUGCAUACGUACUAGUACGUAAACAUUUACGUGUUUAGUAUCACUGUAGUUUUAUCUUGACUGAUAUUUAAGUCUGUCAUCAUAAUGGGCCAUCAAUGAGCCACAAGGUGAUAGCGCUAUUGAUAUGAUAUGCCUGCAGUGGAUGAUACUACAAACUAUUCAUUUCAGGCAGGUGGUAAGGAUUUUUUGAAACCUUGAGCAGUUGAUGUGAAGACUACUGACAUAAUUGAAUAGAUGACACCAACCAAAUUUAUUUGGGGCCUAAAAGUGUGGCAUCUUAGUUUACAGUUCCAAAACUGCUGGGACUCGUAACUUAUACCUUCAUCUAAUUUCAUUUUUACCAAUCCAACCCCUUAUUUUCUAUUGAGUAGAAGCCCCGUGUUGUCAAAGUAAACUACUAAAAUUGAUUUAAUUUUUCUCGCGAAGUCCGUUUGCUUUCUAGUCUCGCAUCCUUCAAUUACACCUCGAAGGCCAGUGCGAUACUGAAACUUGUCUUGUGUCUUAUGACCGACAUGGCCUGCAUCCAUUGUAAUUAGGAUAAACCUAGUCGCACAAAUGCAAGUGAUAACGGAUCAUGAUGGAAUUUUCAGGACGCAACGCAAAGACGAAAAGGGAGAUUUUUUGUUGUUUAAUCAUCAGCCGUAGGUCCAGUGGAAUCCGAGUACGUACGCCACCUGAUGUGACGAUGGCACUUUAAAUUGGACGCCUUAGUUAAUGGAUUGGGCUCAGUGCCGUGCGCGUGCACAGUAACUGAUGACAGUUAUACGGGUGCCAGUUGUCAGAAACAUCUAGUCUGAAUGUCUAGAAUGUCGUGACUUUUGCACGUGAAGUGUUGUGGAAAAAAGUUUUUGUUGACAUCUUGGACUCGCGAUAGUCAUAACUAUUUAUGGCGUUUCUAACAACUGGCACUCGGUUAUUUAUUACUUAUUUGUAUCGCCCCGGUGUUGUGACGUCAGAAAUCACGACGUACCAACUUAAUGGCGAUUUGACACAGAGAUACACAGGGUUCACCGGCGGAAGGUGUCAGUCGAUGAGUGAGAGAGCGGGCUGGAUCCCGUUUCUUCUUAUCGCGUCGCCACGACGACGACACGCGGACACCGCGUUACAUGAGAUUGUACUGCCGUCAUUGUGACGCGCGGGUGCCGUGGCAGAGCAUCUCUUUCCUUAGCGUAUGUAUGUAUGUAUCUGUGUAUGUGCGUGCGCUUGCACGUUUGUUUGAUGGACGGACGGAAGCAUUGCAGGGUUGAUGACUCGUGAGCACCAGCCACCACAAGCGUGUGUGAAUCCACCCGCUUCGUCGGUGCCUUGCGGCGGCCAUCUUUCGAGCGGCGGUGGCUUCCGCCGCUGUGGGUGGCAGCUCGCAAGUACCCGCGUCACCUCCACGAAGGUGUCGCCAGUAUGACGCCCUGGCUUCAAGAGCGCGAAGAUGAUAGCGAACUGCGCGGCGGCGGCGAUGGUGGCGCCCUCUUAGUCAAGGUCGCGAUCACGGGCCGCGUCGUCAUGUCGAGCCGUCCGCCGGCAGUGCAGUUUCCGGAAAACUGAGCGAAUGAGUCUUCGGCGCGUUUCUGCGUUGUUGGUUUGAUCAAACACUGUACUGUGUACAAAUCCAUGUCGAUGUGAUUUUGUUUGUGUUUUGAGAUUACCUGAGUGUAUCCGUUUGUAAAACGGACAGUCGUGGACGCAGGAACUUUCAGUGCGGCACACGUGAGCACAAUUUGUACUUAUUUUUUAUUGUAUUACUCAGAAUUUUCAUUGUAAAAUUGUAUUUUUAAAACGUAUUGUGAUCGAAAGGCCAAACAUAACUGUUUUUAGCUUUCAUGGAAGCAGUCGUGUGUCAUUAUAGCAUUCAUGAUUCAUGACAGAAACAAGAAUGAAGUAUUAGCAGUCAAACUGUAAUGGGAACCAUUCCGGCGGGCCCGAAUCGUGACGAUUACACGACAUUGUGUUAUUGCUUUUGCUCUCGUUUCUUGAGAUUACUGGUCGUCAGUAUGUUAGAAUACGUAACGUGCUCUGUGAGUUAACCCGUCUUCGUUCCCAGCUAUGAAAUAUGUACUCAUGCAGUUACGUUGGUGACCCCCCCCCAAAGCUAACGGCAUACACGAGUCUGAGUGACACCUGAAUGAGAGUAGUAGGUCUUUGUGACACAUUGAUAGAGUUAUUAACCAAAGGAAAUUGUACCAUUAUGGAAAUUGUGAUCAAGCGUCAGUAGCGAAUAGGGAUAGGCUGUGGGUCACAGUAGCUCAGUUGUCAAAGCCCUAUAUGGUCUGAGGACAAAAAAAAAGAGAAAAAAGGGUCAUAGCUAACUGUUUUGAUAGGUAACAUCUGUGAGUAUGAAGUGCAAAACUUUUACCAGUGUAUGUGAAGUGUCUGUCACUGAGUGAUGACUGGUCACGGUCAGAACAUGAACAUGGUAAGAUGCAGAACGAUCAACUCUACAUUUGUUACCAAUUUAGUGAAAGCAUCUGUGGGCAUUUGAAGCACUCCUGAACUUAUGGGUAAAACUUGCCAAUUGUCACCAAUGAAGUACUUGUCAUUUUCUUUCACUGGGUUACUCUACGAGAGCUGGCAAUUUAUGUAUGUAUAGUCAGUUAGUUAUUGGUAACAUUUGCUCAUCUCUUUAUCAUUUUAUUAUCACGUUUUGGUAUGUGUUAAUUCGUUAGUGCUAGAAUGCACAUUAAUUUAUGGACAUGAUGUUUAGGCAAUGAUUUGUUUUAAAAAUAAGAAUGUUGUAAUUUCUAAUCUCGUGUCCGUGAGCUGAUGAACACUACUCACUAGAGUAGAAGUUACAGUCAUCGACUACAGUCCCGUAAUGAAAUAGCGAGGUUUGCUGACGAUUAAUUGUUGAUCAAGACAUUUUUCUCUCGUUGUUAAUUUCUAAAGCAUUAAGAAUUGAGUUGUUCAUUUGAAACGUGUUUCUUUUUCGUCUUACAAAAAUACAUUUGACACUAAUUUUAUGCGAUUUUACCACAGGGCCUCGCACGGCAAUAUUAUAUAAAAUAAACAGCUGUUAUGAUCACGUA